AAAUCGAGAAUGAUAAGAGGAUGGUGCCGGGUUGCACAAGCAGUGUGACCGCGGGCCUCCGACCGGCUACGCGUAGUACCACCGCUGCCAAAAAUAUUCACGGACUUGUGUCAAAGAAAAAAUAAUCAAGUAGUUCUGAGGGAACAUUCUUGAAGACCCAGCACUGCUCGACGUAUUCAAAGUAGAAAUGGCGUACGGCAUAGAGCGGUUCUUCUUCCUGUCGUACUGCCUGGCGUGCUGCUGGCCGCAACUGCAGGUGUCCGGACAAGGACGGGGGCUCCGCACAGUUCGCCAGUGGGCUGAGCUGGACUUCCAGUUCCCUUCAGAGUCCGUGCGGUUAGCCGCCAUGGCCAACCGGUUCUAUGUUCCUGGGAACUCGGUGCCUAUCGAUGUUGAUGUUCAACACAGACGAGGUAAUUUGCAAUCGCGCAUCUUCGUGACGAUCCCGCGUUUCGACGAGGGGCGGCCGAUUACGCUGGGCACAGUGGACGAGAACGCGCGGAUUUACCCCUACCCUGACUACACUUGGCACGACAAUCAGGGGAGCAACUGCGAUGGCAUGACCUCCGUCUUCAGAGUAGCUAUCGACGAGUGCAACCGGCUGUGGGUGAUGGACGCAGGCAAAAUCGGGGAUAACCAGGUCUGCCCGCCGCAGCUCCUCGCUUUCGACCUGAGCACCGACAACCUCAUCUACCGGCACAGGGUCAAUGCCUCGAGCUACGUGGCGUCUUCGCUGUUUAUUACUCCCGUUGUAGACAUCCGCAAAUCCCACCCCGAGGACUGCGGGGAUACGUACGUGUACGUGGCUGACGUCACCGGCUUUGGCAUACUGGUCGUGGAUGUAGCCCGUGACCGCUCCUGGCGCGUCACUCAUCGGCUCAUGUUCCCCUUCCCGUCGCGCGGGAGCUUCACUAUCGAUGGUGAGAGCUUCGACCUGAUGGAUGGCGUGCUAGGGAUGGCGCUGUCGCCGUGGCGGCGAGGGCGCGAUCGCUACCUGUACUUCCACUCGCUAGCCUCCACUACUGAGAAUGUCGUUCGGACUGGCGUGCUGCGGAAUGACUCCUUCAUAGAAGACUCCAACGCUGACCCCCGCUCUAUGAACGUUUUCCCUGAGGAGCGCACGUCGCAGUCCGCAGCCGAGGCCAUGGACCGCGAUGGCGUCCUUUUCUUCGGACUCAUGGACCCUCCAAGCAUCUGGUGCUGGAACUCCGCUACCGAAUACACCCCACGAAACUUCCACCAAAUCGCCAUCGACAGAGAGACCCUACAGUUCGCCAGUGGCAUGAAAAUUGUUAACAACCUCAAGGGUGACCAAGAACUCUGGAUCUUGACUUCCAGCUUCCAAAGAGUUAUGACCGGAUCUCUCAACUCUAACAGAGUAAAUUUCAGAAUCCAUGCCCAAAGUGUCUCUCGGCUUCUGGAAGGUUCCGCGUGCAAGACUCCCCCAAAGGAUCGGAACCAUGGCUACCAUGCGAAUCUUAUUACGCCGACGGGGUACAAACAUAUUACGUUCAGAUAUGGCGCUGUAUCACAUCUUUAGAAAUUAGUUCAUUUUAUGAACAUUUGCUCAAUACUGUAAUGUGGUACAACUGGCCAUAUAGGGGCGAUUAUUUUUAAUGUUGUUUUGUAACUACUAUUUAAUAAAUUAUUAAAGAUAAUAAUAAAAUAA